AUGUUUGAUGUCGUGCAGUUUGAACAGCUGCCAUUGUUACAUUCGAAUGCUAUGUGGCAAACGUCUAACCUUGAAUUCUUGGUGCUCGGCGCCGACAGAUCAAAGGAGAAUCUGAUGGCCACUCCGAUUUCGCCCAAGGGUGAACGAUUGGCAGUAACGGAAAACGGUGAAUCGGUGCGUGAGCGUCCUGCUGCCACAGAAGACGGUGGUGUGAAAGAGAAGGAGCAAAGCAACAUAACGAAAGUGAAUAAGCGGUUAACGGCAAUGGAAAGCAAUGAAUUGAUGCCUCCUGCCAAAGAAGGCGGUGAAAAUGUGGUGAAAGAAAAAGAGGGAAGCGGCAUUGUGAAGGCAAUAAGGACGAAGCGGCGACAAAAGCGCAUCAAGAGCAGCUCUGAAUCGGCAGAUAAAACAGCUUCAGUAGCGCCAACAGCGAUUGAACCUGCAGACAAUAUCUUCACUUCUAUUCUAAUUGAAAAGCAAUCUGGUCCGAAACUGGCAGAUUCUUCUGCAGAGCAGCUUGCUGUUCGAAAGAAAGCAAAAAAGAGGCGUAAGAUGGAAGCUGUCUCCGAUCAGGAACAAAGCGCCGAGCGUUUGAUUAAAAAGAAGACGGCUGAGGAAGGCAUGGCAGUUGCUGCCCAUAGUAACUCGGAAUAUGAAACAAGCUUAGCUGCCGCUGAAUGUGCCCAGCAAGAAGGCCGUGACAUUGGCGCUCCCUGGCAACGUUUAGAUGAGAUGGACGAACAGUUUGCUGCUUCACAGAACAAAAUGGGUGACGGGACCAGUGAAUUUUGUACCGUUUGUGGCAGCAUAGACAAAAGAACACAAACCGCAACGAUUGAUUUUGAGAAGAUGCCGUUUUCAAAAGCAGAGGAUUCGGUGCACAAUGGUCUGGAUGCCUUCCAGUGGCUUAUCCGGCCGUUUUCUAUCAAAAGUUUUUUCGAGUACGCUCUUGUGCUUUCAUAG